AUGUCAUUUCACUUGUUGGUAAAACUUUCCCGCGAUAUUUGCAACCUCUUCGACACUGCUGCGUACUACGACGUGAUCAUUCGUGUUGGUAAGGGGUCAAAUGCAAAGGAAUUUCAGGCACAUUCGCUUAUAUUGAGAGCUCGAUCGGCUUAUUUUCGUAGUAACCUAAAAGGAGAUAAUGUAUAUGACAAGGUCAUAAUUGAUAAAUCUAACAUAACUCCGGCUGUGUUUGAAGUCAUUCUUAAAUACAUUUACAGCGGUAAAGUUGACUUCAUGAACUGUGGAGGGCAACAAACUCUUGAUUUGCUGUAUGCGGCCAAGGAGCUCGGUCUCGUCGAGAUCUUGGAAUCCAUUCAAGAUCAUCUGAUCCACCAACAAUCAAAAUGGAUGGAUGCCAACUUUAUCACACAUCAUCGCACCAUUUUUAGUCACGAUUAUUUCAAGACUCUCCAAGUCCACUACAUCGACAAAAUUGCAUACAAUCCCACGUGCGUUUUUGAUAAUCCCAAAUGUUUUAGUCCUGAAAUAUUGAAAUCUCUUGAUGACCUCGGAUGCAUUAAACUUAAUGAGUCGGUGUGGAGUUUUAUCGUUAAUUGGACGAGAUCCCAAAUUCCUAGAUUGGGGAAUCAAGUCGCAGGAUGGCAGAAGGAAGACUGGAUUGAAUUUAAAGAAAUUCUCGCUUCGUGUAUUCCUUGGAAAAGUGUUUUUUCUUUGAACUGGAAUGAAUUUAAUGAUCUCUUGAUUCCGUGCGAACCUUUCUUGCCUCUCAAGAAAUUUGAAGAUGCACUCAGAUAUCACUUAAGAAAAGCUUGUGGUUCGUCCAUUUCAAUUUCAUCGCCGAUUUCCAUCCAAUUUAGCGGUACAAUUAUCAACAUUUGUCAGGCCACUCUGCUCGCGAGUUGGAUUGAUCAAAGAGACGAUAGACCAUACAGACCCGCGGAGAUCCCGUAUGAAUUUAAAUUAGUCAUUCGUGGACGAAGAGAUGGUUUUUUCCCCGGAGACUUUUUACCAGAAAUGUGA